UCCAUAUAUCGUCCCAUCUUCAUCUUAUUCCUCGAUUCCGAUGUUGACGAUCAAGAUACAUCAUAUCUUGACUCUUACGACCGUCUUCUGUCCAUUUUGACUAUCUCUGAGCUCUUUACAUACGGCAAAAUUGAGGAGAUCCGCACUGAAAAGUGCCAGCUAACAUGAGCAAUUUACCGACGGCUAUUCCCCGAGGUUCAUGGGUCCUCGUGACGGGAGCGAAUUGUUACACCGGCAGCCAUGUGGUCAUAGAGCUUCUGAAACAAGGCUUCAAAGUGCGCGGAACAGUCAGAGAUCUUUCAUACAGCAAGUGGCUGCUCGAACAUCCAGCUGUCAAGCCGCAUGCCGACCAAGGAGAGGUGGAAUUGGUUGUUGCAAACACAUCAAAGCCUGGAGAUUUCGAUGGGGCGGUGAAAGGCGUCUCGGCUAUUAUUCAUCUCGCCAACAUCGGCGAUUAUUCACCAGAUCCGAACGUUGGUUUUGCAUCAGCUAUCGAAGCUGCCUUGACUGUAUGCCGAUCUGCUGCCAAGGAGCCUUCGGUCAAGCGAUUUGUUGUAGCAGCUGGAUUAUGGUCAGCUGUAUGGCCCAAGCCCGGCGAGACAAAGACUAUCACGCAGGACACGUGGAAUGAUGAUCUUGUUAAGGUCGCACAGGCACCGCCGCCAUACGAGUUGAGCCGCAUUCUUCCAGUGUACCUGGGCGCCAGAGUUGAGGCCGAGAAGGCGGUAUGGAAGUUUGCCAAAGACGAGAAGGUCCCUUGGGAAGUCAAUGCGGUUAGCCCAUGCUGGACUCUGGGUGAUCCUCUACAUGCAAGACAUUAUGGGCCCAUGCCUACUCAACUCCUUCAGCAAUUAUACCUUGGCAAAACAGAUGCGCUUACCGAGAACACAACAGUCUACUACACUCACGUCUCCGACGCAGCUGUCAUUUACGUAGCAGCAGCUAUCGACCCAGAUGUCAAAGGUGCUCGCAUCCCAGCAUUGGCCAAGUCAUUCAACUGGAAUAAUGUUCUUGCCAUCUUGCGCAAAGCAUAUCCCGAGGAGGACUUCGAAGAAGACUUUGUGCCCGGAGACCCUGUCCUAAGCUACAAGAUUGAGAACGAUAUUGCACCCGAGCUUCUUAAAAAAUGGGCUGGGAGAGACUGGAUCAGCUUGGAGAAUGGCAUUACGGAGACUAUCGACUUUUCACGGAAGCUUGGUAACUUGGACUAGUCCAAUUAUUCGAGCGGGUGACGAAUAUGUUGAAAAAGCUUUGAAUGUCUUUAUGUAACGUGUGCACUGACUUGUGACGGGAUUUGGAAGAACGAAACUUAUGGAAAUGAGAAAUACUACUUCGCCCUAUGGUAGAGAAAGACGUAUAAU